UCCAUCAUUUCUAUCAAUCGCUCGCUACGUAUAGUAAAAAGUUUUCAAAUUUGUAUAGUACCAAUUUGAUACGAUAAAUUUCUGUAUUUUCUAUAUAUAAAUUUCUGUAGUUCCAAAAAGCUGGUUGUGCAACAAGUCACUCAAGAUGACGGACCGGUUUUUGGAGAAGCUGAAAAUAUCCUUAGAAAAUACAGAAAAGCCUUCGAAACCUAUUUCAUCAGAAACUCUCACAAGACUGAAGGCCCUUAGUAAAUAUACAGAUAUCCGGCUCAACCUGGUCAAAGAUAUAACGACUUUGCUUAAAGAGAAAGGAAGCAAAAAAACCGAGUUAUCAGAAACAUGGAUGAAGAAUACGUUGCGAGUCGUGGGAUGUUUAGUAUCCAAAGAAAAUUUUUCUCUGGAUAAAUUCCUCAACGAAAAGGACCCAGGUGCAGAUGCCACAUUAGAAGAUAACUAUGCAGAGUUCAAGAAGCGCUUCAGUGAGCUCUGGACUGAAGUUAUGAAAUGGAAAAUGACCCCCUCCGUUCAUAAAGAAGUUGUAAUUUUAAUACCAGACAGGAUAAUGAUUCACUUGACGAAGCCGCUGCAUAUGAGCCAUUUCUUGUUGGAGUCAUUUAAAAUGGGUGGGCCAGUUGGUCUUAUCUCACUGCAUGGGAUUUUUCUUCUGAUGCAAAAAUACAAUUUUGAUGUUCCAGACUUCUACAAUAAGCUGUAUUCAAUGUUCACCCAAGAAAUGCUUCAUUCAAAGUACCGAUCAAGAUUUUUUGCGUAUUCUCGAGAUUUCUUAACCUCGACGCAUUUGCCAGAAUAUUUGGUAGCAGCAUUCGCGAAAAAGAUGGCCAGACUCAGCCUACAUGCUCCUGCACCAGCGAUUCCUAUGAUGUGCGAUUUUAUAACCAAUUUAAUAAUUGAGCAUCCUGGGUUAAGAACGCUAGUUAACAAAAAGCCACUGGACACCACCAACAAAAAAGAGGACGGUUCACUUGAAUUGGAAGGGGAUCCCUUUGAUGAGGACGAAGUUGAUCCAAUAAAAUCCAAGGCAAUGGAUAGCUGUCUUUGGGAGAUUAAAACGCUGCAACAUCACAUCUUGCCCACAAUCUCCUUAUCGGCACGAUUCAUUUCAAAAACUCUUCCAAAAGUCCAGAAAGAUUUAGACGAAACUCUAUCUCAGACGUAUGAAGAUGUUGCUGAAAAAGAGAAAGCAGCGUCAGCUUCUCUGGAUGUUAUCCCAACGCAUCAGUUAAAAGUUACACCUCUUGACGAAGAUGAAAAACGCAUUUUUAUGGGGUUUUAGAAGUUAUUCCAUGAUAUUGUCUUUGCAGUUUCGUUUAUACUAUUUCUUUAUAUCAUGACAAAAAUAAAAACACUACUACACACUGGAACAUG